UCAUAAGGUUAUUCACGUCUCAACGACAACCUCUGCUUCCUCGCCUUUGGAAAAGCAGCUUGGUGCUGCGUAGCGCUCUGCUUCUCCUUCUCCUUCUCCUUUCUUCCUCCUACGCUCCUACCAUCUCCUCCCCCUACUACCACAUCCGCUCUCUCUGUACUUAACGUCAAUUCACGCAAUAGCCAUUUCAGACCGUAAGGCGGGCUUUUCUGUCGUUCCUCUUCGCUACUAUCUUUGACUGUGAAGGUUGUGUUGUAGCUUUCUUCUCCUCCACGGCAGAGCAAUACAGAGCAAGUCGAAAGCACAAGAAGAAGAAGACACAGGAGAAGAAGAAGAAGCGGACAAGACACCAUGAAGCGGCAGUCUGCUAGCAUGGCGGCCAUGGUGAUGGCCCUCGUGGGCGUUGGCCUGGUGUUGCUUGCCGUGUACCCGUCAGAGGUUGAGGGCUACUACGACUGUAAAUGGAACAAAGACCACAACGGGAACACCAUCGAGAGGAUAGACUGCUACGACAAUCCGGACGCAGCGACCUUGGACGGAUGUCAAACAGAGUGCGACAACUACUAUGGAUGCAACGGACUUGUGUGGAUCCCCAACCAAUAUGGAUGGAAGGAUGGAGUUAUCUGCUGCUUCCUCAAGAAGAAGAUUGGCAAACUGCAAUCCCAGGCUAACCGUGUCACCUGCAAGAAAUAUUAUUGAGAGAAAAAAAGAGAGAGAGAGAGAGAGAGAGAGAGAGAGAGAGAGAGAGAGAGAGAGAGAGAGAGAGAGAGAGAGAGGCGAGCCCAUGCACUGGGUUGUUACGUACGGAUGAGUCACGAAGAUGAGAAACUCGAUUGCCCUCCUCAAUGUUCGUGCAAAAGUUCAUCUAUCUACCUAUCUAUCUAUCUGUCUAUGUCCAUUGAGGAUAAGUCUUUGAGGGAUCUGUGAAUAUUCCUAAUCUUGGAUGAGGUUUAGGGGCAAUGGACUUGGCAAGACAGUGGAGUGUUUAACUGGACGGGCAGUCUAUUCUUUCCUAUUAUGAAAAGCAAUCAGUGCUAGUAAGGGAGCUUGCAUGCAAGGGCACCUUGCGGUGACUUUUUGGGAUGUGUAUAUUUUAAAACCUGCAUGCUAUAUAUGCCAUUUUGUUCUUUGUUUCAUCACUGUACUCGCCCAGUUUGUCAU